AUGGCUGCAAUGCAUGCACAACCGUCGGUACAGGAGAUUCUGCCGCGCGUAUUGCAAGACCUAAAGACUUUGACGACGCAAGAUGGAUUUCAACAAUUAACCAACUAUGUCAACGAGCUUGCCCGGCUCCAAGCCAAGGUCCAAGAUCAAGACACGGCUAUAGACCUCCUAACGGGGAAAAUGAAGGACAGGUUGGACGAAAUGGAAGGCGACAAACAAAAGUUGAAGACCCUAAAUGAUAAUCUAGCUGACACUCAGAAGAAUCUGGCUAUUUUCAAAAGCAGGCUGCUAGCCGAAAAGUAUUUCGGCGGCGCCUGCAACGAACAACUACUCGGGCAGCCCAAGAUCUGGGAGCAGCUUCAGGAUAAUCCCUUAUUGACAAAGGUUCCUAUCCCCGUGUCUAAUUCAGGGCCUGCCCGCAGGAUACGCACCAUCAUCGCCAUAACCAUCAUAAGCAAUGCUUUUGUCACGCACAUCUUUCUUAAAUUCGGGUUCGACAAGAGCAUGAGAAAGCUAAUGCUCAAGCUGGCCAUAGCAAAGCCAGAUGAUGAGGCUCACUGCCGCUCGUCGCUGCUUGGGAUUCUUCGCUAUUUACCAGGGUAUGGGAAAGAGGAUAUCAUUCGCUCAACAACCCAGGCUGUGGAGUCAGUGACUAGCACCCUUGGGCCGCUAUUGGUAUCCUCGGAGUAUGAUGAGUUUAGACAGAGCGUAUCGAAGUUGUGUGAGGAAGCGACCGAAGCCUGGAACCUGAUUCAGCACGCCCAGCCAUACUACGAAGCUCUUAUGGAUCUCGAUUAUGAAAAAUGGGAGCUGAUCGAUGGCGAUAGGGGGUUCUCCCACAAAGCCCAACAACUCCGAGAAUGGUGA